GCUUCACCUGCAGGAGGCGUCAUGGUGAUAAAUAAUCUGGGCCUAAGGUACUGUUGGGUACGGUUCUGGUCCAGGUCUUACCAGGUCCAGUGAUGAUCCCAGCGAGUACUUCCUGCUCACCCUACGCUCUCGGAGUCGCACUCCUAAAGAUACGGCUGUGUAGAAAUAGUGAAGUUUUGGCAAAAGUGUUAGAACGUGUGGCUAAUACUUUUUAUCACCGUCCGGUCCGGCCCACGACUGGACUCCAAAACUAGUGGCCAGUAGAUGGAGCCGCUCUGCUGCAGUUACCUCUGAGUCUGACUAUCGUCUCCCCCAAGAUCGUCUCCCCCCCCCGUGACCACUGUGCUGGGUCAACGCUGCACCAGGAGAUACAGCUGGAUGGAAUGUCUACAGCAGUGUACAGAAGACUGAACGGUGAAGACUACAGACUCUUCAUCACCACAAGAACCAGAAGUCACACUGGAGUCGUUGGAAAAUCAGACCAGACGUCACAGCUGUUUCAAAACUGUGGUCGUGUCACGAUACAAUAGUAGAGAUUUCAGGAGGCUAAAGCUAGGGUUCAUGGGACUACGUCGUGGUUCCAGGGACAUGAACCACAUCAACCCUCCCUUCAUCAGAUCAAUGAUGAAAUGAUGCCCAGAAUGUGCACCAAUAGAAAUAAAGGGGCAGUGCCACAUGGUCUGAGGCCUUGACAAAGAUGGAGAACCUGAUUGACAGCUGCGUUCUGAGUGUCUGCAACAGGACGUUAUAAUAUGAUGAGUGUGUGUGUGUGUGUGUGUGUGUGUGUGUGAGAGAGUCACCCGUCUGCGGCUCCAUUUUCCGUCUGUCUGUGGACAGUUGGUUCAGGAUCCGUUCUCUGUGGGUUGGAUCUUCAACUCCUGCAUCUCUCAGCUCUGCAUCAGUCACAUGCUGCAAACCCUGGGUCAAAACCCAGACAGGAAGAUAAAGUCAGGUCAAAAUAAAAACGCCGUCCACUGAAUCACAGGUUAAAUGUUGGGAAGCACGCGAUCAGCUCCGCACUUCGUACCUCCAGACCAUAAUAUUCACAUUCCAGCGUCUUGGUGUACUGUGGAAGGCCGAUCCGUCUCAACCACCAGGCGAUGGAGCGAUUGUUCAUGUCUGAACAACAGUAAAAAAACCAUGACAUUACACACACACACACACACGCUUUUUCAUUUGAUUUUGCACAAACCAACCACCAGUAUCUACCGUCCUCUGGUGUGUAUAGUCCAUGCUGCUGUUGUCACUGCAGCAGCAGCAGCAGAAUGUAGCACCUACCUGUGAGGAGGUUCCACCCUGGAUCUCUGACCGUUUCCUUUUCCUCCUACGUUCUCGCAGCUUCUUCAUCUAAGAGCAGCCUCGUCGUGAAGUCUGUCUCUUUGUGGUGAAAGUGAAGGCCCGCUGCCCCUCAAACCUGCUGGGUCACCCACGAGCCAAUCAGGUAGAGCGGCUCGUGCACCACUCCUCUGUGAAAGCAACAAAUCAGAGCGCAGGAACCGCCAUGAGGCGUGAGGAGGUGGAGAGUGCAGGCUGAGACUUGUGGCCAGAGAUGGAACAACAAGGUGGAGAUAGGUGGCAACUGCCUGGUUUGCAUGUGUGUAAAUAUGAGUGAGUCUGUGAGGGAGCGUCAGAGGAAAGAGGAAGUUGCGGUGAUGAAGUUAAAAGCCUUCGACACUGUGCAGCUCUGCAAAACACCCACCACGGAAGAGACGCCGAGCAACAGAACGGAGAGUCUGAAAGUGAGAUCAUGAAAGGAAGAUGAACAUCUAGAGCUGAGACGUCAACGGAGCUGCUGAAGCGGUGCUGGUUGAACACAGAUCGUGUCUCCGUCACCGUGGUCUUUGUGUCUGUGACUCAGAGAGACGACAUGGAGCUGUGGCGACAGUGUGCGCUGUGGCUGAUCGACUGCAGAGUUCUUCCUGAGAACCACCGGGUCACAUGGGAAGGAGCUCAGGUGUGUGACCUGGCCCAGGCCCUCAGAGAUGGCGUGCUGCUCUGCCAGCUGCUGAACAACCUGCUGCCACAGGCCGUCAACCUGAGGGAGAUCAACCUGCGUCCACAGAUGUCCCAGUUCCUUUGUCUGAAAAAUAUCCGGACGUUUCUGGGAGUUUGUCAGGAGAGAUUCCAGCUGAAGAAGAGUGAACUGUUCGAGGCCUUUGACCUGUUUGAUGUCCGAGACUUUGGAAAGGUCAUAGACACUCUGUCCAUACUGUCUCAGACGUCCAUCGCUACCCUCAAAGGACUACAGCCGUUUCCUCUACAAGAAUGUGCUCCUGAUGAUGAAAUCUACAGCGGCCUGUCGGACCAGAUCGAUAACACAGUGGACGAGGACGACGACCUGUACGACUUUGUGGAUGAUGAAGAUAAUGAAGGGGAUGAGAUCUACGAGGACUUGAUGAGGACGGAGGAGCCGCCGGAAAAAAAGACAGGUGUGGACAAACGGGAAUGCUGCCUACAGGAAAUCCGACAGACGGAGGAGAAAUACACAGACACAUUGAAUUCUAUAUUACAACACUUCAUGAAACCACUGGAGAGAUUCCUCCAGGAUCAAGACAUCGAAUCCAUCUUCAUCAACUUACAGGAUUUAGCCGUGAUUCAUCAUCAGUUCUUAGAAGAGGUUCAAACCUCCAUCCUACAGUUUGGAGCCACUGACCUGUACCAGGUGUUCAUCAGCUACAAAGAGAGGCUCCUGCACUACGGCCGCUACUGCAGUCAGGUGGAGACGGCAACCAAACACCUGGACAAGCUGUCUACAACCAGGGAGGACAUCAGGAUGAAGCUGGAGGAGUGUUCAAAGAGGGCCAACAGCGGGCGCUUCUCUCUGCGGGACCUCCUGAUGGUGCCCAUGCAGAGGGUCCUCAAAUACCCACUGUUGUUACAGGAGCUGGUCAAACACACCAACGACCCCACGGACAAAGACAACCUACGUCUGGCUCUGGACGCCAUGAGGGACUUGGCUCAGUGUGUGAACGAAGUCAAGCGUGACAACGAGAUCAUCCGACAGAUCACGGCCUUCCAGAUGUCUAUAGAGAACAUGACCCAGUCCUUGGCUCUGUACGGCCGGCCCAAGAUCGACGGAGAGCUGAAGAUCUGCAGCUCAGAGAAGAAGUCCAAACAGGACAGGUACGUGUUCCUGUUUGACAAAGCCAUGUUUGUGUGUAAGAAGAAGAGCGGGGAGUCGUUUGAGCUGAAGGAGACGAUCGAGCUGCAGCACUACCAUCUACGAGACGAGAUCAGGGGGGACAAGGACAAGAAGAAGUGGUCUCACGCCUUUCUUCUUCUGGACUGCUACGGACGGGGGUGCUACGAUUUAUACUUCAAAACCAGAGAAGUGAAGAAGAAGUGGCUGGAACAGUUUGAGAUGGCUCUAUCCAACACAAGUCCAGAAGACGCCACGGCCAACAACCACGACUUCCAGAUGAACUGCUUUGAGGAGACCACGUCCUGUAAAGCCUGCUCCAUGCUGCUGAGAGGAACCUUUUUCCAGGGUUAUCGUUGCACUCGCUGUAAGAUGGCUGCACACAAGGAGUGUUUGAGCAGACUACCUGCCUGUGGGCGGAGCUCAGAUCAUUCUGGAAAAAAGAAUAAAUCCCACAGAUCUUCCCCAAACCCCAGCACAGGAAACCCUAAGAUGGAGGUGUGUCAGGACUAUUAUGGUCUGCCUCCUCCUCCCGUGGGCUUCGGCCAGCCCCUCCAUCUGUACAAGGGAAACAUCAUCGAGCUGACGCGAGCUGAUGCUGACCUGCAGUGGUGGGAGGGAAGAAACCUGAACCUGGGUAACGUUGGAUGGUUCCCCUGCCAGAAGGUCCAGCCUUAUGUGGUGAGACUGACCACAGACUUCUCAGGCUUCAGCUGGUUCGCUGGAAACAUGGACAGAACUGCAGCCAAAAACCUGCUCCUGUCUCGGUCCAACGGGACCUUCCUGGUGCGGCAGAAGGAUGCUGGGGAGUUUGCCAUCAGCAUCAAGUUCAACGUGGACGUCCGACACAUCAAGAUCACCUCUGCUGACGGCCUCUUCCGCAUCAAUGAUAAAAAAGCCUUCAGGGGUUUAGCUGAAAUGAUUGAAUUUUACCAGAAGAAUUCUCUGAAGGAGUAUUUUAAGGAUUUGGACACAACGCUAGAGACGCCGUACACCCAACCUGACCAACUGGACCCGUCUAAUAACACACCUACUACUACAGCAGGAGACGGCGUGAGGAGCUUCAGCGUGGCCAGAGCCAGGUACGACUUCUCAGCCAGAGAUCGUUCAGAACUGUCGCUGCGAGAGGGAGACACCAUCAAGAUCCUAUCAAAGAAAGGCCACAAUGGCUGGUGGAAGGGAGAGGUGUACGGCCGGGUGGGCUUCUUUCCAGCCAACUACGUGGACGAGGACUACUCCGAAUACUGCUGAUGUGAUGUGGCUCCACUGAAAUGAAGAGUCCUACACUGGUGUGUGUGUGUGUGUGUGUUCUAUUUGUUCUCCAGUGAGUUUCAGUGAUGUGAAUAAAAGGCGUUUUUAUCCUCCUGA